CAUUAAACUGUAUUUUUCGAAACCUUUAUAUUCUUUUGCAUACAUUUGUGUGUUAAGACUGUUGUUUUUAGCCUCCUAAAGGGUACAUUUUUUAUGAUUUUUAAGAACAAUUCUCUAAGCGAACAGGGUACCCUUCGCCUUUUUAGUCACUUUAGAAAAUAACAACUUGCAGUUAACAGGUGUUAGCCACACAACAAAAAAACUAAAAAUAAAAUAAAAAAUAUAAAAUAAAGCAAACCAACAAAACUUCCUCUUACACAUACCGAAAAAAUGAAGAUAUAUGAGGAGGUAAUAUUCACAGACCAACUGCUGCACCAAAGAACCGUGGGCAGCCAAAUCGAGGAGACUCGCCGAACUUGGGAGAAGCUGUGCUCUUGGUAUCCGGAGGCUCAAAGACAGCAUUACGAGCAAUAUGCCGAGAUUUACAGAGACAGUCUAAAGAAGUACGGAAACAAUCAUUUUGAGUACUAUGCGAAUAGAAAUCGCCUCAGAGAAAAGCAUAGGUACUAUACCCGUUCGUUCGAAGAGCGACGCUCGAAGAUCAAAUAUUUUUCUAUGGAUCAUUUAAUCUUUUAUAAGGCACCCCGUACUUCCAAUGCGGAAUAUGGAAGUGUUAAACCAAUGCGUCUAUUCAAGAUUUAUUAGAAAUUUUAUGGAAUCUGAAAUUCAAAUUUAUGUUGGCAGACAAGUUUUGGAACAAGAGAACACUAUACGGUUUAGUACAGUAACGAAGCCUAUGAAGAUGUACAUUAAAGACCUAAGAAAAGUAUUUAAAUUCCUGUGAGGUGUAACUGAUAGUCUCCAAUAAAUAAAACUAUAUUAAUACA